AUGUCAGUAGAAGUAGAUAAGCAUAAAAACUCCCGACAGCAUAAUAAUAACAACGCCUAUUCCCCCUUAUUUUCACCAAUUUCCACGUAUAGGUGCUACCCAAAUCAUCAGAAAUUUAACAAUCGUACUAAAUCUAUAAGAUCAGUUAGUUUUAGUGGUGUUCAUAAGAGAAGAACAAAUACGUCAAGAUUCAAUUAUCUAAGUGACCGUCGCGUUUUAUCAAUGGAAGAAGUGAUGAAAGAUAGACCAGAGAGAAUUAAGAGAGGUGGUCUUAUAGAAGGCCUUAGAGAAACUUUUUGGAAUUCGGGUAGAUACUUGUGGCACGCACUUGUGAAAAAUGAACCUUACGAUACCAAUAGUACUGAGGUUGAUACAAAUGAUAAUAGCGAUCUUGAAAGCAGAAGCUCAAGAGUCAGCAGUAGCAUACAAUAUAGCGUACGUGAAGAGUCUCCUUUAGACAUAAGAAAACACAAGUCCGAUGCAUCCAUGUGGGUUUUACCAAACAAAAAGAGAAGAAUUGCGCAUGAAGACAUAGGUACGCCUCUAGACUCAUCAUUUAGCUCUUUGACUUCCCAGCAAAAUGGUCAUGAUAAGAUUUCUAGCAUAACAUUAUCAAGGGAUCCCUUUGGUUGGAGUAAGUGGAAGACAAGUGCCAUCGGUUCUAACCCAAAAAGUGGAACUUCUGCUCAGAGUUGUUUUGAUAAGCCGCAAUAUGGAACAACCUUCAUUAGAAGAAAAAAACACAUGAAACAGAAUAUUAAUAAUACUAAACUGGUAUCAAGAGCGCAAUCUGAAGAAGCAAUAUACUUGCGACAAAUAUUCAAUGGAGAAUAUAAAGUCCCGAAGAUAUUAAAAGAUGAAAGAGAGAGGCAGUUGAAAUUAAUGGAUAUGGAUAGGGAAAAAGAUACUGGCUUGAAGAAGUCUAUAAUCGAAUUAACUGAAAAGAUUAAAACAAUUUUAAUUGAAAGCAAUAAGAAUAGAAUACAAUCGACUGGUGAAAAUGAUGAUGAUUUGGUAUUUGUUAAAGAGAAGAAAGUAUCAUCUUUGGAAAGAAAACAUAAGGAUUAUUUAAAUCAAAAGCUAAAAUUCGAUAAAUCUAUAUUAGAAUUUGAAAGAGAUUUCAAGAGAUAUAACGAGAUUUUGAAUGAAAGGAAGAAGAUUCAAGAAGAUCUCAAUAAAAAGAAAGCAAAGCUGGCUAAAAAGAAAUUGGUUCCUGAACUAAGUGAAAAAGAAGACAAUCAAGUACAGAAAGUGUUUGCAUCUAGAGAAAACACUCAAUUAAUGAACAGAGAUAACUUAGAGAUAACUGUACGUGAUUUCAAGACCCUGGCGCCAAGAAGGUGGCUUAAUGACACUAUCAUUGAAUUUUUUAUGAAGUACAUUGAAAGAUCAACUCCUAAUACAGUAGCAUUUAAUUCUUUUUUUUAUACUAAUUUAUCAGAGAGGGGUUAUCAGGGCGUUCGGAGGUGGAUGAAAAGGAAGAAGACACAACUUGAUAAACUAGAUAAAAUCUUCGCGCCAAUAAAUUUAAACCAAUCUCAUUGGGCGUUGGGCGUAAUUGAUUUAAGAAAGAAAACCAUAGGUUACGUAGAUUCGUUAUCGAAUGGUCCGAAUGCCAUGAGUUUUGCAAUUUUAAAUGAUCUACAAAAAUAUGUUAUAGAGGAAAGUAAACAUACAAUGGGGGAGGACUUCGAUCUGAUUCAUUUAGACUGUCCACAGCAACCAAAUGGCUAUGACUGUGGUAUUUACGUCUGUAUGAAUACAUUAUACGGGAGUGCUGAUGCUUUAUUAGAUUUUGGUUAUAAUGAUGCGAUUAGAAUGAGAAAAUUCAUUGCGCAUUUGAUUUUAAUGGAUGCUUUAAAGUGA